AUGCAGGAAGUAAUAGAUCUGGCACCACUGUUUCUGGCAUUACCAACCCUAUUCGUGUCUCUUAAACUUACAAAUGCAGCCUCUGAGUUUGAGACCCCGUCACUCGCCUUUUAUACAGUCUCAUUCGUGCAGUCUGCGUUUUUGUCGUCUUUGUUUAUGCUCGUGGUAGCUAUACUGGCGAAGCUGGGAGAUGGCACUCCCUCUGUAAAAGAAACAAAAAAAUCAAUACAAUCGUCACUUGGGCGACAGCUGACGCUCUUUGGUGCCAUAAGCUUGAUUUUCCUCGCCGAUCAGCUACUAUGUCCAGCACGGUUCAUGAAUUUGGUCAUUUUUGCUUUGCUCCUGUCGGGCCCAAAGGAUAACCAUAUGUCUGCUAAACUGGAAGAGACCUAUGCAAUUGAUAACGAUGGGCUGCUUCAUAUGAUUGGGAAGCAUCAACUGUCUAUCAUAUAUGCUUUAUCAUUUUUAGUCGAUGUCAUCAUUGCAAGUAUCGAGAACCAGGAUUUCAUGUCGCUCGUGCUGAUGUAUGUCCUUCUUCUGAUCCCAAUAGCUGUUUUUUUGAUGCCAUCAACAGAUCAGCAGCAGUCGUCAAUUCUCGGCCACCUCCAAAUUCAGACCUCAGGAGUACUGCUGUUGCUUUGCACUAUCAUGAUGUUAUCAUACAAUUUUCAGAGCUACAACCUGAAAAUGAUAUUUGUCACUGCUGGUUCAUUGACAAUCUUCACAAUAAGUCAACUGGAAUUCAACCACUCCAACCCUAUAAAUCAAUUUUUCAAUAAGAGCUUGUUUCUGACAAAUUAUAAAAGAAACAUCAUUAUUUUGAAUGUUGUUAUGGCACUCAUACUCCAAACAACAACCGAUUCUCAUAACAAAUUGGAAGCACUCAAGAUGAAUAUGGUAAAUUUCGCUAUCAAUAUCCUAUUCAUGCUGAUAGUAAAUCCUGUCAAAAAGAGUGAGCGUCCAUCGCCUGGCGAAACUGUGUCUGAUAAGUCACAUCCUAACUCGACUUUUGUGUCAUUAGUCGUCCAACUCUUCAACUCGAAAGAGACAAGAUCCAUUUUUAACUUCUUGCUACUGAAUGUGUCUUUCAUGUUUAUACAACUGCUUUAUUCCUUCCGAUCCAAAUCUCUCAGUCUUUUGAGUGACUCUCUCCAUAUGAUGUUAGACUGCACGUCACUGUUCCUUGGCCUUUUGGCCUCAUUAGUUGCAAAAAACAACCAACAGCAUCCGACCAGGGAGUUUCCGUUUGGCUUGACAAGAAUUGAGACUCUUGCAGGCUUCACCAAUGGUUCGCUUCUUUUGGGUGUGGUAUUUGGAAUUCUUAAUGAGUCCUUUCAACGUCUAUUCCAUCCAGUGGACUUGCGCAAGACUGACGAGCUUUUGAUUGUCAGCAUUCUUGGACUGGUGGUAAAUUUGGUUGGAAUUUUCGCUUUCAACCAUGGCCACGAUGGGUCCCAUGGUCAUGCACACUCGCACAGCCAUUCUCAUGAACAUACCCAUCAACAUACUCACGAUCAUUCCGAACCUGAUGAACAGCCUCCGAAUCUGAGUGACAAUAUGCAUGGUAUUUUCCUUCAUAUUUUGGCAGAUACCCUAGGUUCUGUUGGUGUGAUUUUAUCAACACUGAUCGUCAAAAUGACCGGACUCCAGGUCAUUGAUCCAAUCGCAUCCAUAUUCAUCGCUUUGCUGAUUUUGGUGUCUUCCAUCCCGCUUCUUAAAUCGUCAUCCUCCAAUCUUCUUCUUGCCUCACAAGAUUCCUCAGUGAGCGAGCUCCAAUAUGUUUUAGGAGAGGUCCUAAAGGUUCCUGGCGUGAGGUCUUAUACAACCCCACGUUUUUGGCCUGUUAGUGAUGCCAAUUCAAAAUUGACGGGCUACAUUCACAUACAGUAUUACCGUACCGAGACGUCGCUUUCCCUGCGCAGCAAAAUCGACAAGCUUUUUAAAAGCUGCAAAUCCAUAUCAAAGGUCUACAUUCAGUACGAGAAUGAGAUCGAUGACUGCUGGUGUCGUAAAGAGGGGAUUUUCAGUGUUGGAUAA